CUAAUGAGGCCUUUACGCUUGGCCACACGGGCGGGGCAAUUGGGGAGGGCGUUUCCUGGCGCCCCGCAACAGGAGCGCGCGCCCUCACCUUUCUCCCUGAGUGCUGGUAUAUAUACAAUCAACGAAAUGACAUGUUGGUUUGCUUUGCAACACAACGCAGGUGGUUCUGGGGCGGUCAACGCGGAGGCGGUUGCCUUGACCCGCCGACCGUUUUGGCACACCUGAGCCGAGACUGACUGCGAACCGGCUCGGCCUGGCCAUGCCGUACGGGGCCCCGUAGCGCAGGCCCCGGGACCCUGCCGCUAUAAAAGCCGGGCGCGCCGGCUCAUUACUAUUAUGACAUACAACUCUCCAGCAGCCACUACUCCACCGGGUAGCCUUCGCAACCUCUUUCAGCCUUCCGAGCAGCACAAAGCCACUCCCUUGCUACUUCUUGUCGCGACCCAGUUCGCCCCACAAGCCUCCCCGCUCGCUGACCACCGCACUAUACAGACGCCACUCGCUUGUGUCAGUGCAACUCCGUCUUGCCCGCCAACGUCCGUGCACGCUGCGCACCUUCCAGCUCGCUCUCCUACGCACAUUCCUCGGCGUCGUCUUUCCCUCGGCAUCAAGAUGUGCCUUCAGAUGCUACUCAAGUCUCUUGAGCACCCUAAGCAGCGCGGCAAACCGCAGGUUGUCGACUGCGGCCUGCGGAACAGGCCCGCUCCUUCCGGCGAAGAUAACCCUGUGCUCCUCGCGCAGCUGUGCGCGCUGCUGUGCACGCCGCCCGCCGGUGGGGUGAAGCCUUACCGGCCCGAGGCCCGCUUCAUGCGUGGCUCGCCCAAGACGGCGGAUGCUGAGGGCGGCGUUGUGGACCCCCUCUUCCUUGAAGGGCUGCGCCGCACCCUUCUCUGCAAGGUUGACAAGCCCACACGCGCAACGUCAAGGCCCGUCAAGGUGCUGGUCACCGUCUUCUGAGACUGAGGCCAACUUCUUGCUUACUUCGGCUAUCCAGCUAGCCGCCACUCAGCUCUGGACAAGAGCUAGUGGCAGUGCGACACCGUUUCCUUAAGUUAUAGACUUGUAGCUUACCAGUUUGUUGCUUGAGACCAUGCCGAAAC